UCAUGUGAUACAGCCGCGGCCGCCAUUUUGUUCUGCGGUGCUGGUAUUUAGAGCGCAGCGGCUGCCGGGCUGGAUCGCCUUCGCCGCCACCUGUCCGCUGGUCUUUGUGCCCGCCUCCCGCGCCCUGCCCGCCUCGCCCCCUGCUUCGGCCUGCAGAACUCAUCCCCUCCCUACCCGUAGACAUGUCCGAGUCUAAGAACAAUCCCGAAUAUGCUUCGUUUUUCGCCGUCAUGGGCGCCUCGUGCGCCAUGGUCUUCAGUGCCCUGGGGGCCGCCUAUGGCACAGCCAAGAGCGGCACCGGCAUCGCUGCCAUGUCUGUCAUGCGGCCAGAGCUGAUCAUGAAGUCCAUCAUCCCGGUGGUCAUGGCUGGUAUCAUUGCCAUCUAUGGCCUGGUGGUGGCAGUGCUCAUCGCCAACUCCCUGAACGACGGCAUCAGCCUAUAUAGGAGUUUCCUCCAGCUGGGCGCGGGCCUAAGUGUGGGCCUUAGCGGCCUAGCGGCUGGCUUCGCCAUUGGCAUUGUGGGGGACGCUGGUGUGCGAGGCACUGCCCAGCAGCCGCGCCUGUUCGUGGGCAUGAUCCUGAUUCUCAUCUUCGCCGAGGUGCUCGGCCUGUAUGGUCUCAUCGUUGCCCUCAUCCUCUCCACAAAGUAGUCCCUCUCUGAGCCCACCAGCCACAGAAUAUGAUGUAAAGACCACCCCCUCCUCAUUCCAGAAGGAACAGCCUGGCACAGCACGGGACGCCCCCUAGUCUGUCUUGUACAUGCGCAGUGUCCUAGUGCCCAUCGUCUGUUUCCCUGGCCUUGCCCCUGCCGCCCCGUGCCGUGGACAUCUGGGCCCCCUCAUCCACCCCUCCAGGCCCUGGCCAGUGAGGAUGCAGGCCGCCGGCCACCCCACCACCUGCUCUAGAGUGCUGUGUAUAAGGAUGAAUUAGAGUUGUCCUUUUUCUCUUCACUGGAUGUUUAUUUAUAAAGAUUUGAUCUGUUCAUA